UUAAAAGAUUUUUCUUGGCUGUCAUUCUUGGUUACAGCUGAGCUCUCAUUGCCAAGCUCCCCUUUCUUUUUUGGGAUCAGAAGAUUGGCUUGAAUCCUUCUUUUUGUUUAGGUAGCCAUUGAUAUUCCAUCUUCUGGUUGAUGCAAUAAGAAAACCUUUUCAAAGACUAUACUUGAAAUGUUAGUCUGUUAACAUGUAGAUUAUUAUCCUAUGUAAUGAGUUUCAUUACUGGGAAUCUGAAACUGCAGAUAGUUAAGAGGCAGCCUGUGAAUUACAUGUUUAAAUUAAUGUCAAUCUCUUUGAUUCUUUCUAGAUUGUUUUAGGGAUAAAAUUUUAAAAUGGGUAUUGAUGCAAAGGAAUUUCAAGCUUUCAUGUGGAGAGUUCUUAAACUUUCCAUGAGUUCUUGCUCUGCAUUUGUACAAAAAUAUCCAUUUGCUUCAGGUUUUUCGUUAACCUUGCUGGCUUUAUACUUGUUUUUUCCUUCAGUUUUCUAUUUCUUGAUUUACUCUUUACCAUUUCUUGGUUGCACUGCUGUUUUUAUUCGUUAUUAUUUGAAUUCGCAAAAACAUGGGGUGGUUGAGAGGAAGGAACAUGGAAUAUCAUCUGACGCAGCUGAUGCUGCCAAUAGAGAUGAUAACUCUUCUAUUGAAGCUCGAAGAAUGUUGCAGAGAAACGUCAACGAGAAUAAAGACAAAUCGGAUACACACGCUGUUAAAGACGAAAAGAACAUGGUUUCCUCCAUGCCUUCAAAUGAUGAUUUCAUUGGCAGAACUGCCUUGGUCGAACAAAAACCGAAAGUAAUCAUGGAGGAGAAAGCAAGCUAUGCUUUGAAUAGUGGAGAAAGUUCCUCUUACAAUGUUUCCCUUGGUGAGAAUAUUUCAGAAUUCAGCGAGGCAUCAAAUCCUGAGACUGUCUCAUUUGAUGGCUUUAAUGAGCAGCCUGCAAAACUUCUUGUUGGUGGUGAGGUGGAGUCGGAGAGCUCAAGCUCUGAAGUAGAUGAUGAAGAAGAAGAAUCAGAAAAGGGUUGCAAAAACGCUGUAGAAUGGACUGCGAAUGAUCAAAAGAAUCUCAUGGAUCUUGGGGAUUCUGAGCUAGAAAGAAAUAGGAGGCUGGAGAGCCUAAUUGCAAGACGUAGAGCAAGAAAGUCAUUCAAAAUGAGUAGUAGUGCUGCUCCAGGUACAAUGCAUCCUGUUUUGGUUGCAAGAAGCAACACUUUCCAUGUUUCUAAGAGUUCAGAUGACCGAAUACCUAGUUCAGCCCCUUCUAUUUUGUUACCAACCCAAAAUCCAUUUGACCUUCCAUAUGAACCAUUUGAAGAAAAACCUAAUCUCAUGGCAGACAGUUUCCAGCAAGAAUUUAUGGCAGAUCACCUGAAAGAAAUGCUCUUCUGCAGGCAUGAGAGCUUCUCUUUGGGAUAUUCUCCCCCCCUGGAGAACACACAAUUAGAUCAACAUGAGGGCACAGGAUAUUCUAGAUCUAAAAUGCAAUUAGACAAGGAAAAUCAUGGCCCGCUGGCUGAUCAUUCAUUAUUCCAACGUGGUGAAACCUUGCGCCGUGAUUUAACUGUAACUGAUCUUGUGACGGAAGAAGCCCGAUCUUCCAAUCAGGUUACUAACAAACGGGAACGGGAUAGAGAAGUUGAAACCAGUAGAGUCAAACACAAAGGUGAAAAUAUGGGACAAUCUCAUGACAAGGAUCCAAGUUUAGGUGAUGGAAAUGAUAUUCAAAGGGACACAGAUCUAAUCAAGCACAAGAAAAUUUGGCCAAGACCAUUUUCUUCUACAGAAAACAUUUUUAAUGCUAAGACAGCUGAGAAUUCAGAAAGUCUACAGCCAACAACGUUCAAAUUUCCCGUAGUGUUUUAUAAUCGUGCACCGAACUCUCUCCCUUGUUCAGUUCCUAAGGCUAGUGCCGUGGCUGAACCUUCAUAUGAUUCCAGCCCGUCUGCAAUUUACAACACAGGAAUGGAGGAACAUUUUUUUUACAAGCACAAGGAUCCUUGGCAUACCCAUACCAAUUCCAUAGCUUCUGACAUGCAAGUGGAGGUCUCAGAGAUCGGUUCACCCCCUCUGACAGCAGACGGAAUUGCUUCAUCCAAUGAUGGUGAGUCCUUGGUUUAUGAUGGGGAUAGUGAACAGGAAAUUACUUCCGGGAGUGAAGAUAUGUGGGGAGCUUCGCCUCUUGCUCCAAAGGUUCAAGAAAAUGAAAACGUAACUAGACAAAUAUACGAGGUAGGGGAGGGGGAUAUUACAGAAGAAGGGUAUUCAAGGCUCAGGAAUGAACCCGAGGAUCCAACUUCAUCAUCACUUUGGUCGCUAUCAUCUUCAAGAGCUGAAAUAUCUCAAGAGGAUCAAGCCCAUUCAAUGAGCAUUGAUCCAAAACACUUUAAUUAUGUCAAACACAUAGUCGAAGAGGAAAGGGAGCAGAGGCCUUCUAAUCCUUCAGAUGUAGUUCCACCUGAACAUUCCCAGGAAGGAAUGCAACUGAUGGAGGAUUCAAUGCCACAAAAACCUUCUGAGGUGUACUUUCAGAAGCCGCAGGAAUCAAGGAAUGCUCCUGGGAAUUCUGCAGAAGAGAUGAACAUAAAUUGCGAUGCAGAUGACACGGUCACAUACGAUGACAGGGGAGAUUUGAAAUCAAACGAAAACAUAUAUGUUGGAGCUGAAAACUCCAUGAUGCAAGUAGUUAUAGCCAAUCUAUCAGAACCGGCUGAGGGAAGUAAUUCAAAAUCUAACAGCGAUAUCAUGAGCGAAUCAUUGAUUAAUCCUGAGAAGUCUGUAGAGGGUAUGGACGGCAGUUGCAAUGUAAAUGACUCGAGGCUCCUCGUAAAUGACCACUUAGAAGACUCGAAAUCAAAUGAAGACAGAGAUAGUGGAGCUGAAAAAGCCAUGCAAGUACUCGUAAGUGAUCAGUCACAACCAGAUGUUGAAAGUAAUUCAGAAUCUAGAAAGCAUAUAGAGAGCAAAUCAUUAAAUUCUCCUGAGAAGUCUGGAGAAGAUGCAAACAUUACUUACAAUGUGAAUGAUCCAUUUGUUCACAUUAAGAAUAGCGUGGAAGAAUUAGAAUCUAUUGAAGAUAUUGACCGAGAUUAUGAAAGGCUGACUGAACAUUCAGACAUUAAGAGCACUUCAAUGCCAGUCGAGGUUGAAGACAACCCGACUUCAACUCAAGGCAGUAGAGAAGAUCAAAGUACAUUAAUAGAAGUUGGGGUUUCUGGGGCAAACCGAAGUUUUAAUGAUCCCACUACAUCAGGCAUACUGCCAGAAUUGAUAGUUGAACAAGCUUCUACCAACUCAAGUCUAUCCUCAUCUCCAAAGUCUGUUUUAGCAUAUAGGAUCCCAGCAGAUAUAGGUUCUUCAUCAGAUUUCAGUCAACUGGUGUCCACUGAUAUGGAGGAAAGAUUGCCUCUGACUGCAACUCAAGAUACCAGUCAUGUGGUAAAUGAUUCGGUAGAUCACCCAUCUAUUGAUAACAAAUCUGAAAAAUCUGAGGAACCGUCUAACACUCAAGGGAAGCCUACUGAAGAAGCUAUUGAGAUGGAGAAUAUGAAGGGAUCAUCGCUUGAUGACGAGGAAACCAUGGAGGAUUUAAAAUCCAGGAAAAACAUAGAUGACGAAUCAGAAACAUCGAUUGGUAAUGACGCACCUGUAAAACUGUCAAAACCACAGAAGGAAAUUAGCCCCAGAUCUUUCGAGCAUCUUGAAGAUGCAUCUGCAAGACUCGCUGACAAUGAAACAAACAUUGAUGUUUCAAAAUCCGAGGGGGAGCAUUCUACUUCAGAUGUUCCUGGACUUAUGGUAGAAGAAGAGGAGUCAACAAAUCGUUCAAGAGAUGUUGCUGGAGAAGUUAACCUCAUCAGUGAAGUUAGUGAUCCAUCGAUAAAUAAAAAGGAAGAUUUGGAGAAGUUAAGGUUUUUUGAAGGCAGUGAAGGUGAACCUCAAUUUCCAACUAGACGGGAGAUAUUUGUGGAACCAGUAAAACCAGCCAACAUCACUUCCCUAGAGGACCAUGACUACAGUCCUGGAGUAUUAACUGAAAAUGAAACAAUUGUCGUAUCAUCUCAAGCAAUGGAGGAUGUUGAUAAUUCAAGCAACAGCAAGGAAACUGACGGGUUUGGAACACGUAGAGCAGAUCAGGAAAUUGGAGACUUGUUAAAGCCAGCAGGUGCCAUUGGCACCUCAGAAACCACCAAGGAUGUCCAAGGGAACCCUAAAGAUUUAACAGAUCAAAAGGCUGUCUUUGACCCAUCAAAACCGGCAGUUGAUGGUGAAAAUAUCUUAGUGACUCUUGAAGCAAAGGACUCUGCAGCUGACAUAAUUCAUAAUGUGAAUGAAGCAGUUGCGAGUGAAUUUAUAAACAAUGAGAAGUUCAAUCAUGUACAAGACAGUGAAGAUGACGAAUCUCAAAGACUAGAUAGCCAAGAAAAUAUUACGGAACCACUUAAAGCAGUGGCGUUUACAAAUUCAGAAUCCAUCAGGGACCUUGAAAGUGAAUCAAAAAUAUUGGUUGAAGAUGAAGUUAAUGUCAUCCCAUCAUAUCCGGCAGGGGAAAUUAACAGUUCAAAUGACAGAGAAAACACAGAGGAUCCUGGAAAGUCAACUGUUCAUUUAACUGUUAUGACCAUAUCCGAGCCAAGCAGGGGUUAUGUCAAGCAGGAUCCUGGAAGCUGAAGACAAAACUUGAGAUUGAUGGACCGAUCCACCAGUCACAGAAUCACUCAAAAACACUAUGAACUCUGAAGUUAAGAUUACAAAAUCAGAGGCAAGUGACAGCUACACGGAUCAGCUUGAGGUCUCAUAUAAUGGCAAAUAUUAUAUUUCUGUACAAAUCUACACGAGAGGAGUUAAAAUGCCAUUAGUUGUCGAGUCAAGCUGACAGCAACUGACAAGGUUAAAACCUUAGUUUCUCUCAUUCUCCACAGUAUAGCCAACUUUCCAAUCUCUCUCUCUUUUUAUAGUAAAUAGAAAGUUUUGUUCUAAAUCAGAUCACAUGUCAAUGCUACUUUAUGAAGCUAAGUACGAAUCCGAUCAACUUAUUUCCUGCAUGCAUAUGUAUACAUUGAUGCAUAUUUGAACAUAUACUUACCUUUUUCUCA